GUGUGUGUUACCAUGUCAAGUCUUGUAAACUCAAGUCUGAUCGGUUGGGAGAAGAAAAUCAAGCUUCAGGAACCACCGUUUCGCAGAAAAAUGAUUACAGAAGGAUCCAAACAAGCCAACAAGCAAAGCCUGGGGUAUAGUCUCUCUUUCGGUUCCUCUGGCAUUGUAAGGAAGCCUCAGGCUGUGGCAUCAGACGUCUCCACCCAAGACCCUCCAUCCCAAUCCAAGGCCCCAAUGCUGCUCACUGACAAAGAGAAGAUGCUGGCCAACUAUGUACCUGUUUAUGUAAUGCUCCCUUUGGGUGUUAUUACAGCAGAAAAUGAAUUGGAAGACAAAGCUGGAUUAGAGAAACAGCUGAAAGAGCUAAAAUCAGCUGAUGUUGAUGGAGUGAUGGUGGAUGUGUGGUGGGGGAUUAUUGAAUCAAAAUGUCCCAAGCAAUACAAUUGGAGUGCUUACAGGAGCUUAUUCCAACUUGUUCAACAAUGUGGAUUGAAACUACAAGCUAUAAUGUCAUUCCACCAAUGUGGAGGAAAUGUUGGUGAUGUUAUGAACAUCCCUCUUCCCCAAUGGGUGCUCGAGAUUGGCGAAUCAGACCCUGAUAUCUUUUAUACAAACCGAGCCGGUACCAGGAACAAGGAAUAUCUAACAAUUGGUGUGGAUAACCAGCCUCUCUUUGGUGGGAGGACAGCAAUACAGGUUUAUAGUGAUUACAUGAAGAGCUUUAGAGAGAACAUGUGGGAUUUCUUAGAGGAAGGACUUAUUAUAGACAUUGAAGUGGGGCUUGGUCCAGCAGGAGAACUCAGAUAUCCCUCUUAUCCACAAAACCAAGGUUGGGUCUUUCCUGGCAUUGGAGAAUUUCAGUGUUAUGACAAGUAUCUCAAAUCAGAAUUCAAAAAGGCGGUGGAGAGUGUCGGUCACCCUGAAUGGGAAUUGCCAGAUGAUGCAGGGGAAUAUAAUGACAAGCCAGGAUCUACUGAAUUCUUUGGACCAAAUGGAACAUAUCUUACAGAGAAAGGGAAGUUCUUCCUCACAUGGUAUUCUAACAAGUUGCUAAUUCAUGGUGAUCAAAUCCUCGACGAAACCAAUAAGGUCUUCUUAUCGUGUAAAUUAAAGUUAGCAGCGAAGGUUUCUGGGAUCCAUUGGUGGUAUAAAGCUGAAAGCCAUGCUGCUGAGCUGACUUCAGGGUAUUAUAACUUGAAUGAUCGAGAUGGAUACCGGUGUAUCGCAAGGAUGUUGUCUAGGCAUUUUGCCAUUUUUAACUUCACUUGCAUGGAGAUGAGAGACUCUGAGCAAACUGCAGAAGCUAAAAGUGGUCCAGAGGAACUAGUUCAGCAAGUUCUCAGUGGAGGUUGGAGAGAAGAAAUUGAAGUUGCAGGAGAGAAUGCACUUUCGAGGUAUGAUCGGACGGCGUAUAAUCAGAUACUUAGGAAUGUAAGACCAAAUGGUGUUAACAGGGAUGGACCUCCAAAAUUAAGAAUGGCUGCUAUGACAUAUCUUCGUCUAUCAGAUGAAUUACUGGAAGGGAAAAUUUUCAGGAUAUGCAAGAGAUUUGUGAGGAAAAUGCAUGCUGAUCAGGACUAUUGUCCAGAGCCAGACAAGUACUACAACCCAAUAGUUCCAUUACAGAGGUCAAAACCAGAGAUUCCAAUUGAGGAGCUACUGGAAGCAACUAAACCAAUGGAACCAUUCCCAUUUGAUCCAGAAACAGAUAUGAGUGUCGAUGGUGCUUUUGCUGAUUGGUUAGACUAUGUGAAGGAGAAGAUCUCUUCAAUAUUCAAAUAAGAUGUAAUAAUAAAAAUGAGGAAUGUGAAAGAACUCAGC